UAAAUGCGUGGCUCCGCGCGCAUCAGCAUGUCACGCAGCAGUGUGCAAAGGAAGUAGGCAGCGAGCGAGGCAGCUUGUGUGGUGUGUAGUCGAAUAUACAGCGCCAUAGCGCGAUAUUAAACUGUCACCGACGCAUGUUGACGACUUAAUAACGGUCCGUGUUGACUUAUCGCGCUAGUUACUGGACCUGAAACCGGUAACUAGCGGAACAGAUGGCUUUAUUGCUGGGAACGGUUUCGCUGUCGUUGGGGGUAAUGGGAUCUCUACGGUAGGCAGACUGCAGCUGUAAGCCCACUGCGACCUCGCACCAUUUGCACGAGCAGUUUCGUGUGUAAUACAAAGAGCGGCGAUUUGCUAUACAAGGUGCACUGUCUGGUGUUUGCGUCGUUUCGUUGGGUCUUUAUUCCGGAGCGAUCGUACACGACGAGCUGCAGAUGGGCUAUAAUAUUGGUCUAAUGAAGUAAUUUAAAGCAUAUACUUAAGUCACACGGUGCAGACUUGAGCGUGUGAUGAUAGGAGACACAAUGACGCUUUUGUCUCUUUUGGGUCGCAUCAUGCGUUAUUUCUUACUCAGGCCAGAGACCUUGUUUCUGUUAUGUAUAAGCUUGGCCCUCUGGAGUUACUUCUUUCACACGGACGAGGUGAAAACGAUUGUAAAAUCCAGCCGGGAUGCCGUGAAGAUGGUGAAGGGGAAGGUGGCGGAGAUGAUGAUGAACGACCGGCUCGGGGCUCUGGACGUCCUGGAUGCAGAGUUCUCCAAAACAUGGGAGUUCAGGAACAACAAUGUUGCGGUGUACUCGAUACAGGGCCGACGAGAUCACAUGGAGGAUCGCUUUGAGGUCCUUACCGAUCUGGUGAACAGGAGCCACCCUUCAAUCUUUGCCAUUUUUGACGGCCACGGUGGGGAGGCAGCCGCUGAUUAUGUGAAGGCCCACCUGCCCGAGAAUUUGAAACAGCAGCUGCAGGCCUACGAGCGGGAAAAGAAAGACAGCACGCUCUCUUAUCCCGCGAUUCUAGAGCAGCGCAUUUUGGCUGUGGACAGAGAUAUGGUGGAGAGGUUCUCCGCCUCUCACGACGAAGCAGGCACAACGUGUUUAAUAGCCCUAUUGUCCGACCGGGAACUGACUGUGGCAAACGUGGGAGACUCUCGCGGUGUUCUCUGCGACAAGGACGGCAAUGCCGUGGCUCUAUCCCAUGACCACAAGCCUUACCAGCUGAAGGAGCGCAAGAGGAUUAAGAGAGCAGGUGGCUUCAUCAGUUUCAACGGUUCUUGGCGAGUACAGGGCAUCCUUGCCAUGUCACGUUCUCUGGGCGACUACCCUCUGAAGAACCUAAACGUGGUCAUCCCGGACCCUGACAUCUUGACGUUUGACCUGGACAAGCUACAGCCAGAGUUCAUGAUCUUGGCGUCUGAUGGCCUUUGGGAUGCGUUUAGCAACGAGGAGGCCGUCCGCUUUGUCCGGGAACGCUUGGAUGAGCCACACUUUGGUGCAAAGAGCAUUGUGCUUCAGUCUUUCUACCGCGGCUGCCCCGACAACAUCACGGUCAUGGUAGUAAAGUUUAAAAACAACCCUGGGGGCAAAACUGGAGAGUAAUUUGACUGAACCGAUACAUGGCCUUGACAGUGUCUGAUGAUGUAAUAUAAGAGGUAACAGCAUUUUUCUCACGAUUGUGGUGUAGAUACAUGUGCAUGUGCAAACACAUGCAUUACCAGAUUUUUUCUUUGUUUGUGCCAAACGGACACAUUUUAAAGUUACUCCUUUUUCGAUUUUGCCUCACACUGUAAAGAUGUAUCCCAACCUUCCUUACACAGAGCAAUAUUAUUUGUGAAUUGAACAGCAAUUGGCAUAACAGAUACAAGGACCAUUAUUGCCUUGAACAAGCACUUUGGGCAUUUUGUUUAAUAGAAAUGCAUAAAUAGAACUUUUAUUUUGUUGUGUUUUUGUAAAUGAUAGCUGUUAAUACAGUAUCCAUCUCUUCAGUUGUGAUGUGCAUGAUCCCCUUAUAUCAGCUAAAGGGAUCUAUUUCACUUUACACUGGUGCUGUUCAUCAUUUAUACUUUAUAUGAGGUUGGUGUAAGCUUGGGUUAGAUUAAGAAUGUUACCGUUUUAAUAGUUCUUCAUAAUACAUCCAUAUCAAAUUCAUUAUUGUCUAAAUGGACCCAGAAUUUUUAGUCAUUCCUGCCUUUAGAUCACCUUUUUUUUCAUUCUAUGGUUAUAAAAGUUGUCGGACUGAAAAUGUUUUUAAUGUAAAUAUUAUGUGACCAUUUAAUGUUAAAUGGUUCAUAAAGUUUAGUUUCCUCAUUCACUAAAAAAUAUUGACAAGUUGAUCCACAAAAUAGUAAAAUUUCUUGCACUGUGUGAAAUGUAAAUGGAAUUUUGAAGUGCUAAAUAAAUCUAACAAGUCAAAGCUGAAA